AGAGAGGAAGAGGUGGGAAGAGAGAGAAAGAGAGAAGCUGAGGUCUGACACAGCCACCGCCCAUUGACGCCGGCCACCCCAAACCGCCGCCUCUAGUACCAAAGGCCCCCCCUGUUGUGGUCCACGCCACCUAUAUGCUCCCCUCCUAUCUCUCCUCCUUUUCCUAUCCUCAACUUUUUCAUCCAAAAUUCCUCCACUUCUCCAUCUCUCUCUAUUUUUUUCUUUUUAUUUACUGGUGUGGAUUAAUAUAGGUGAUCUGAACUGGAUUUUGUGGUUGAGUUUAUCAUGUUUGGGCAUUUUUAUGUAUAUGGUCCUCUGAUCGAAGUUGUUAAAUUGAAAAAAUUUCAGUGUUGUUUAUUGAGAUUGUGAUUGAACCUAAACAAGCGCAGUUCUCUAUGGUCAGUUUAUCACUGUACUUCACAACACUCUCUCCCUCUCCCCUCAGAAGAUUAAGACCACUCUUUGAAUGACUUUGUCUACGUGCAACAUCUGUACCCCCAACCCUUUCUCUCUCUACAUCCCAUACUCUCUCUGUCUCUCUCUCUCUACAUAUUCUUCUCGCUAGGUUCUAAAAUCUGAAGAGAUUUUCUUGAGUGGGAGAGAGAUUUGAUUCUGGAUUUUCUUUGUUAUUUUUGUAUUAUUUAAUGUACCCUUCGUUUUGUGAGUGGGUUGGUGUGUGAGAGCGAGAAGUGAUCAGAAAUCAGCAUGCAAUAAAGUAAGGAUCGCCGCUUGUUUUCCACUCUGUAGAUUCUCAGCAUCAAAACAUACACGUUUGAGUUCAUACACAUCUCUUAGAUUGAGAAAUUAAAUGGCAUGCAUCAAAGCCUAUCCAACCCAUCUCUCAUAUUCAUAAAUACAACAAAUCAAGCCAAAGAAAAUUGAUACAUAUAUAUAUAGAGAGAGAGGGGGGGAGGGAGAGAGAGGUGAGAAAUGGAGCAGCAGCAGCAAGGAGAUCAUCGCCACCAUUAUCAGCGGUUGAAUACGGCGUUGCAAACGGAGAAUCAACAGCACCACAACCAGAAGCCGCCGCAGAAGUGUCCUCGUUGCGACUCACUCAACACAAAGUUUUGCUACUACAACAAUUACAGCCUCUCUCAGCCUCGCUACUUCUGCAAGAACUGUAAGAGGUACUGGACUCACGGCGGAACUCUAAGAAACAUCCCCGUCGGCGGCGGUUGUCGGAAGGCCAAGCGAAUCAAAGCUCCGCCGUCUUCAGGCGGCGAGAAUUCAAGAUCUCAACCAGCACCACCACCAAAACCACCGCAGGGGACUAUGUCAGCCACCACCAGUCCUUACUAUUCUGGUGGUGGGUCUUUAUCUUCUUUGUUAGCUAUGCAAUCUUUGAACCAAUCACUACAACCCUUCAAUCAUCAACCACUCAAUGUGGGUGACCAAUUUGGGUUCAAAAUCCCAUUUUCUAAGUCACAAGAGGGUCAGAAUCAGCAGCAUAAUGAGUUUUACCAAAUGGGUAGUAGAGAUAGGAACAUAGUAGAGUCCUUGGUUCUGCCAAACAGGCCUAUUGGUUCUUGGAUUAAUCAAAGCCUCAUCAUCAACAAUGGUGGUGCUACUAACCCUAGUAGUACUGCCUCAAAUCCCAGUUUCUUGAACACUAACACCACUAACAGUGGCACUGUUGGGACUUCUUUGAACCCAAAUCAAUGGGCUGAUCUACAAGGAUAUGGCUCUCCUCCAUGAUCUUCAACACCCAUUCUUGUUAAACCCACUUUCAAUCUAUAGCUACCAAAGAGCAUAAAAGUUUCACAAGUGCUUUGUGUCUGUAUAGAAAUCUCAUCGAAUCUAACCCUUUCCUUUUUCUGCUUGAUUGGCUAGCAAUUCUUCUGCUUACAUGAAAUUCAAUUAUGUUAUCGGUUUUUGGGUUCUUAAUACUUUUUCAUUAAGGGUUGCAUUCAGACCAGGAAUUCAAAUCGGAAUUUGAAAAGAGAGAAAAAUAGAAAAAAAAAUUAACUUGUAUUUCAUUCAGUUAAUAAUUCAUAUUUAUUGAUACAUUCGUCAAUACUUGUUGACAUUGAUAUGAUACUGUUAUUUAAAAUUAUGAUUGAACUUUGAUUUGGUCAUGAACACAUGUACGGGGUAUUCUUCUAUAAAUGUAGGAAUCGAUGCAAGCACAUAGCCAUUUUGUUGUGAUCUUAUUAUCUUAUAGAGAAUUUUCUGGGUUGGGUGGUUGUGUGUUUCGAACUUUUGAUUAAAGUUUAAUUAAU